AUGCAAUGGCGGUCGCUGGUGCUGGGGCUGCUGCUGCUGAGGCUGGGGCUGCAGGCGCUGCUGACCCUGCUCCCUGCGUUGGCGCCCGGCCUCUGCCUGCGCCGCCGCUUCCCUUUCCCUCCGCCACCCGCCCUUCCCGGUCCGCCCGCCGCCACCGACAACCACCCCGGUUCUUCGCAUUGGGGCUCGCUGCUGCGGCCGGGCGGCCUUGGCGGGGCGGCGGGGGGUGACGAGUACGAGCGGCGGUACAGCGGAGCCUUCCCGCCGCAGCUGCGGGCCCGGCUGCGUGAGGCCGCCCGCGGGAUGUUCGUUUUCGGAUACGACAGCUACAUGCAGCACGCCUUCCCCCGGGACGAGCUCGAUCCCCUCCACUGCCGCGGGCGAGGGCCCGACCUCCAUGACCCCUCCAACCUCAACAUUAACGAUGUGCUGGGGAACUACUCGCUGACCCUGAUCGACGCCCUGGACACGCUGGCCGUAAUGGGGAACUCCUCAGAAUUCCAGAAAGCAGUGAGGUUGGUGAUUGACACGGUUUCCUUUGAUAAAGACUCAACAGUCCAAGUUUUUGAGGCAACAAUCAGGGUUUUGGGAAGCCUCCUUUCUGCCCACAUCAUAAUCACAGACAGCAGACAGCCCUUUGGUGACAUGACCAUUAAGGAUUAUGACAAUGAACUCUUGCACAUGGCUCAUGACCUAGCAGUGAGACUGCUGCCAGCCUUUGAGAACACCAAGACUGGAAUUCCAUACCCUCGGGUCAACCUGAAGAGGGGGGUACCUCCAGACAGCCACAAUGAAACGUGCACUGCAGGAGCUGGUUCCUUGCUGGUGGAGUUUGGCAUCCUCAGCAGGCUGCUUGGGGAUUCCACCUUUGAAUGGGUGGCCAGGAGAGCUGUCAAGGCACUCUGGAGUCUCAGGAACAACAACACUGGAUUGCUAGGAAAUGUUGUGAAUAUUCAAACUGGCCACUGGGUUGGAAAGCAAAGUGGCUUGGGAGCAGGGUCAGAUUCGUUCUAUGAGUACCUGCUGAAGUCUUACAUCCUCUUUGGAGAAAGGGAGGACUUGGAGAUGUUCAGUGAUGCUUACAGGAACAUUCAGAACCACUUGAGAAGAGGUCGAGAAGCUUGCAAUGAAGGUGAAGGGGACCCUCCUCUCUAUGUCAAUGUCAACAUGUUCACAGGCCAGCUGAUGAACACCUGGAUUGACUCCCUGCAAGCCUUUUUCCCUGGACUACAGGUGUUGAUAGGAGAUGUGGAGGAUGCCAUUUGUCUCCAUGCUUUUUAUUAUGCCAUAUGGAAACGCUACGGAGCUCUCCCGGAAAGGUACAACUGGCAGCUGCAAGCCCCAGAUGUUCCCUUCUAUCCACUGAGGCCAGAGCUGGUGGAAUCCACAUAUCUUCUUUAUCAGGCCACAAAGAACCCAUUUUAUCUUCAUGUGGGGAUGGAUAUUCUGCAGAGUUUGGAAAAAUACACCAAAGCCAAGUGUGGCUAUGCCACCUUACACCACGUGGUGGAGAAGACGAAGGAGGAUCGGAUGGAGAGCUUUUUCCUCAGUGAGACAUGCAAGUAUUUGUACCUGUUGUUUGAUGAAGAGAAUCCACUGCACAAGUCUGGGAACAAGUACAUGUUCACUACCGAGGGGCACGUCGUGUCCGUGGACGAACGCUUCCGCAACUCCCUCUGGCAUGACAUCCUCCCUGCAGGAGAGGACAGCGCAGAGAAGACCAAACCCAGCGACUUCAAGACACUCAACUUCAGCUCUAACUGCAACAGAGUUCCUGAUGAGAGGAGGUACCUGCUGCCCCUGAAGAGUAACUACAUGAGGCAGAUCGAUCAGAUGGUGGGCCUGAUCUGAGGGGGGCUGCACACCAACCUGUCUCACGUGCCAGCAGGAGCCUGGCAUCAGGCUGGAGACCUUCCUCUCCUCCUCAGCUACACACCUGCAAGCACUGAGUCACUUGGGUACCCCCCAUGCUUGUUAGUUUUCAGGAAGAUCAAGUUCUCCUCUGAGCUGGGUCUCCUGGGCUGUGGUAACUUCACCUGCCACCGAAAGAGAGAUCCCUCAAGACUUGCUAUGAAAAAUGAAGGCUGAGUAGAGCUGAAAGAACAGGAAAUUGGCAGGUGCCACUUAGCUACCUCUUUGUAGCUGUCUUACAAAGGUCCCUUUAGGAAAGGGCCAAGUAUUUAAUUGGAAAUGAUCUUGGGAUCUGGGAAGGAAAUGGGAAAGUGCAAUUUUGUACACCAAGCUGAAUCACCAUCGAAUUAUUCUGACUAGCAAUACACAACCUUAAGUACUACUCAGGUAGGAACCCACUGGCAAUGGGUUUUGCUGAAAACAAAACCUCUUUUUCUCUGGAGGAGUCUCUUGGAAAGAGAACUCCUGAUCCAUAUCAAAAGCUCUCAGUAUAGUCAUGCCAGCCCUCAGCUGCAGGCUCACCAGAGCCUGGGAGCUACAGAAACCAGUAAGAAACCAAACGAGUAAGAAACCAAACCAGGUGC